AUGCACCUCCUCGCUUUCCUCUUGACUGCGCUGAGUUUCGUGCCACACGUUCUCGCAGCCCUCGUCGGUCUGAACACCUCCGAACAUGACUCUCUCGGCGCUCGCGGCUAUGAGGUCAUCACGAACCGGUUUAGGACCACCUGGCCCGUUCUCCCUGGCCAGGGCGGUCGCAACGUGGUGAGGUACUGCUACGUAGACGCCUUGUCCAAAGGUCGACUGCAAAGCAACUUGGAACGCGCCAUGCAGGUUUGGAUCAAUGCCCUCGGAGGACCCGCAUCCGCUGCGACCGGUCACAAUCUUGUCUUCGCAGAGAUCCAGGGACAACAAGGCCAACAGAAAUUCUGCUGUACCAGUUACACACGCCUCCCCGGGUCACAAUACCGCUAUGUUUGGGAUCCCGAAGUGCAACAUGAUGUUCUGGCCAUUCACUGGCUUAAUUCGCGGGACCAGAGCACCACUCUUGGAUAUCUACCUGCGUCGAAUCCCAUCGAUGAUGUCCACAACCGCCAUCAUAUGCAUUUGUCAGAUAUUGCACCACCACAUAUCUACAAAAUUGUCCACGAGUUGGGUCAUGUCCUCGGUCUCGACCACGAGUUCCAGCGACCUGAUCGAGACCAGUACCUCAUCUACCGCUGCGAAAAAGUCCGCGACUUUUGGCCCAGUUUGAACCGCGCCCUAGAUGAUCCAGCCAACCAAUUCAUACAAGACUGGGAGAUACGAUACAAGCUUUGCAACGAAAUCCUCUUUGCAGUGCGCUAUGACUUCGCGGGGGCAGCGUUCAUCGACAACGCUGGCACCCAGUCACGAUAUAACUCUCACCCCUUCGGAGCCUUCGAUGCGCAAUCCGUCAUGAUGUAUGACAGCACAGCGGGUGUGGAUGAUGCCUUAACUUCCAUGUAUGACCCAACAAAAUGUCCACAAAAUCCGGCCGAGUGCGCGAUGGUGAAGAGGGGGAAUGGGCCGAACGGUGAACCGGGGGUGUCUUUGACGCGCAACUUCAUACCGAGUGCUGGUGAUCUGGAUUUCGUCAGGGCCUUCUACCCUUGGGCGUAG